AUGAAGCCACCAAGUUUUGCCUGUUUCUUUGACAUUGAUGGUGCCAUUACAGAAGGUCCAAAUUUUAUUGCAGCUGCUAAACCAGCUAUUCAAACAUUGAUUCAACUCAAUGUACCUGUUAUAUUUGUUUCAAAUACAUGUAUGCUUGAAUCAGAUAAAGCUAAACAACUUUCAGCUGUACUUGGAGUUACUAUUCAUCCUGAACUAAUUGUUCUUGCUCAAACACCAAUGCGUACAUUAACUGAAUUUCAUAAUAAACA